GAACCGUGACAAAGUAUUUAAGUUCUGCUACCGACUAUGUACCUUAUAAGUAGCGCCUCCUUUUGAUGUCCAUUCAUUUCAUUAUUACCAAGUUCUUUUCGCCGCUUGGGCACUGUUAGCACAUCAUGGUUCACGUCCGCAUCAACGAGCGCGAAGCUAACCCGAAUCCGCACGUUAACUUUGUUUCCGUUCUGCCUAUGGUCGAUGCCACCCUCGAGGACGACGCUCGGCAACUUAUGCGGGCACUGGCCGCGCAGGUGAGGCCGGUCAUGAAGGAUCACGGUUUCACCGUGAACAGCUUGGAAGAGUACGAGUACAAUCGAGUGUUCGCGGGACGGAACUGGAAUAAUGGAGAGACGAUUGAGCUGGUUUUGAAGUCUGCUAGUGGCUCAUUUGUGCCAAUUCACUGGCUCAUGAGCACACUGUGCCAUGAACUCGCCCACAUAAAGCACAUGAAUCACGGGCCUGCUUUCCAAGCACUCUGGCGACAGCUACGCAAUGACGUCCGUGCCCUGCAAAACAAAGGGUAUUACGGCGACGGCUAUUGGUCUUCCGGGACCAGAUUAGCAGAUUCCGCGAAAAUAGCUGGCCAAGGCAUCGAAAUGGGAGACCUCCCUGAAUACAUGUGUGGUGGAGCCCACUCACGCGCCCGACCUGCCUCCUACAAACGACGUAACAGGACUGCGAAGUUUAGUGGACCUUCUGUGCACACAGGCGUCCAAUCCGAAAAGAAACGCAAGCCCGGUUCCAGAAUUGCCAGCGCUGGUGCAUUCGGUUCAGGUGGAAAAGCAUUAAACGAGGGCGUUAUUGGCGAUAAGAAAGAAGCGGGCACGGGAUUUGGGAAGAAAGCCAGAAGUAAACGUGCACGAGAAGAACGCGCACUUGCUGCUGAGAGGCGUAUGCAGACGCUCAAAACUGCAUUUGCCUCUUCGGCAUCAGCAUCCUCUUCGCGUCUGAAGAGUGAACCUAUAACAGAUUCUGAAUCCGAAUCCGAUGCUGAACAACCGGAAACAGACCAAGACCGUCGGAGAAUUAUGCUUGAAUCUGUCGGCGGACAAGAGCUCGACGAAAUGAAAGCAACAAAAUACGAUUUUUCAACCGACUUUAGACUUCCGGGAGAAACUGGCGGCGAUUCACGCACCAUUCACACAAUUAAACGUCCCGGAGCUGCUGUCUUGAUUGAUGCACAGCCCGGUCCAUCGACCCGACCUGGCAAGCAUCGACGUGUGGAAGAUGAAGAGGUAUCUGUAAUCAAGAAAUCAAGGACUUCUGGUGCUUCUAGACCUGGUAAGACAGAAGAUCAACCGAAUGGCUGGAACUGUCUUGUAUGUACUUUAGCCAACGAGCCAGAACACCUCGCCUGUUCUGUUUGCAGCACUCCCAGGGGAGAUUCUCUCUGGGUGGGCACAGGUUUAUGAGCAUCAAACUUGGACUACCACACUAGAAGUAUACCCAGUUGUGCCACUAUCUGUUGUGACGUUAUAAAU